UGGAGAUGAAGGAGGAGGAGAAUGUGGAUGGGGAGAAAGGGGUUGGCGGGGGUUUGGAGAAGUUGAGGAGGCCGGAGUUGUGGGAUGAGGAGUUCAAGAGGGUAUUGGGCAAGGUGGAGGCGCUGGCUGCACGAGACGCGGACGAGCAGCCUCGCCUUUCCACCCCUUUCACAGCAUCACCAAUUCGCCCUUCUUCAACCCUUCCAACCAACCUCACCCACUCCACCAUAUCCACCCUCACCCUCUUCAACCUCGCCUCCCCUCCUCCCCCUUUUACCCCCUUGCCUAUAACCGCGCAACUAACCUCCAUCCUCUCCACCCUCUCCACCCUCCUAUCCACCCACCACCUGCCGCCAACCUCCAUCUCACACACCACGCUCCUCCUCCGCCACAUGUCCGACUUCGCCGCCGCAAACCGCAUAUACAGCCCAGCGUUCGACUUUGUGAAUCCGCCUUCGAGAGUCACGGUGGCGUGUGGGGAGCGCAUGCCAGAGGGUGUGGAUGUGAUGAUGAGUGUGGUUGCUGAGAGGACGGUAGGGAACGGAGUACGAGGGAGGGGGAGGGGGAGGAAAGGGUUGCAUGUGCAGAGUCGGUCCUACUGGGCGCCGGCGAAUAUUGGGCCGUAUUCACAGGGCAUUGGGGUCCUUUUGCCGCAGGCUUCUUCUCCGGCGGAGGAUGACGCUGAUGAUGGGGGUUCGUGGACAGCCGAAGUUGAGACUUCCGCAGAAGAAGAGGACGAAAGAAGAGGAAGGGAAGAAGAACAGGAAGAAGAAGAGCCCCAAGACGAACCACAAAUCCACCUCGUCUACCCAGCCGGCCAAAUCCCGCUCGUCCCGUCCUCCAUGACCCUUCUCACCGGCCCUUCCUUCACAGCGCAGGUCGCACUUUCACUCCAGCACCUGUGGCGCGUCGGGCGCGCGAUGGAGGUGAGAUGGUGGGUUGUUGGUGUGGCGUACCUAUCCCAUUGCCCCGAGGAGGAAGAAAAAGAAGAAGGAGGAGGAGAAGAAGAAGGAAAAGGAAAAGAAGAAGUGACGCGCAGAGUCAGGAUAGCAGCCGAAACCUGGCGCGCCAUCCACGAGGAAUUCCUCCCUAAAACCUCCCAGGAAGGAGAAGCGUCAAACUCAGACUCAGACUCCGACUCGGACGACGCCAUCGAUCCCUGGGACCUCCAGAAUCGCUUCCACGGUACACUCCCCGCUUCCCACGCCGCAGCCUCGGAUAUCACCUUCCGCGCCCCGAUCCCCGAUCCCUCUGUCCUCCUUCCGCCUCCUAGUCCAUCUCCAUCCUCACUAGACGGAAAGACGGGGCCGGCGAGGAAACGGUGUAUACCCCCACUCGUCGUACCCCAAGUCCGCAGUCUACCACGCGACGCGCCUAUCGAGUGGUGGUCUCUCGGCCUAGCGAGUCCUUCUACUACCGCCGCCGAGGGAUUCAAAUUGCGCUUUCACGCCGGCGAAGAAACGGAUGGUGGCGAAGAGGUGCAUGUCACGGAGGUCAUGGGCACGCCGACGCGGUUCUUCACCCUGCGUAUCCCGUUUCCAGUGAUGGCGACACCGGAGAGUACCCGCCAGCGAAUCGUCAGAGCACUCAGUUCUCUCGCCCCUUCAUCAUCGGGCGGUGAGAGAAAUGAUGGGGUCAGUGGUAGAGUCGAGUGGGAGCAUUGUAUGCUUUUCGCGGGCCCGGAAUUGUGGAGCGAGUGGUCGGGUGUGGUGGCUGGGUGCCACUGGGUGCCUUGUGAGAGGGUUUGGAUUCAUCAGGAUGGGGAUGGGACGGAAGAGGUGGCGGGGGUUGUUCUGGGGAGAGUAAGUGUGUAUUAAGAUGGGACAAUGGUGACGCAGUGGUAGAAAGGGAAAGGGGUAAAGCCGAAAAGCUUCGAAGUGAUGUAGGCACUGGUAUGAGAACAGGCUGAGAAAAGGGGGUAAGCUGUGGAAUAGACAUCUCAGGGCAAUUUGGGCAUUCUCCAGCUGGUAGGGAACCGUGCGAAGGAUCAUGGCGGAUCGAUACUAUGUCCUUGUUUUGAAGCUCCCAUAACUUGUCACCGAGACAAAAGAAGCAUAAUGCUGGAUUUUGAUCACCCCAGUUUCUAAAAUGUGUCAUAUAAAUCGUCGAUAUUCCCGCGCACACAUGUCGCUCUACAGAGUAGCGUUCCUCUUCAUUUCAC